AUGCCUGAAGGUGCCGAGUCGCCGCCGCCCGAGCGCCAGACGGGUGCCCAGCUCCACGACCCUCCCGCGUCCGGCCAUGGAACCGACUCGGCAAAGGGCAAGGACAAGAUCAUGGACAAGGAACGCCAAGGCUUGCAGUCGAACCCCAAAGGCCCCAUGGAUGACUCUCUCGAGUCAAAGUUCUCCAAGAAAGAAGGCAACUGUGCGUGA